AUGGAGUCCGUCCAGCAGCAGUCCAGUCCACGAUGGAUGCUGCGUAACACAUUCAUCGAGAUCGUUGAUGACGUGUCGGAUUCAGACGGAUUUUCAAGCUUGCUGAUGCGUGCGAAUUCAGACUCUGUCCUUUACGAGGGCUACUCUAGGCGCCAUGCAGCUGAGCAGUCGGAGCAUGAGACCAAGAGUGGGAAGACAUCGGGAGCGUCUCCGAAGUCUUCCGAGGAGUCCAUGGAAUCCGAACUUGACAGUUGGAGUGAUGCCGAAACGACCCCGGACACCAUGGAAGGCGAAAAGUCUCUUCCACUGCCCUGCUAUCAUCACAUCGCGGAUUCUCACAGCGGGCGGAGCACCCCUCGUGCUGCGGGGCAGUAUGUCGUGCAGACGCCAAGUCCAAGACGCAUGGACUGGCCCGCCAGCAGCUUCGGCGACACCGGUUUGCCGACGGAGGAGAUUCGGUCCGAUCCGAUGCCGGACCUUGUCCCUCCUACUCGGGGCCACGUGCCAAAAGCCCAUGCAGGCAGAAGGGAUGUCUCGAGACAUGCGCUGCAGAGCCUGCUGGCGGAGGUAGCGCAGUUGGAGCAGGAGAAUGAACUUCUUCGCCGACUGGCGCAAGAGCCAGAAGAACCUGCAAGCCGAAACAAUGCUCAAGUUGUGAAUCCCUCCGAGCAAGCCAGUGGCACGGGGUGGACCGCAGUUUUGGUGCCUGCCGGCUUGGUCCCUGGGUCGAGUAGCAGUUCACAGAUGCCUUUCUCGGCUGAGACCUUCACAAGCUCUCAUGGGCCACACUCGGAGCUGACGGUUGCCAGCACGAUGCCCCGGCGACGACGCUUUCGCAGCCGGAAGGGCAACGCAGCUUCAGAUGCAGAGCUCAGCCUCCCAAGAGGCAGCCAAAGCAAUGCCACUCAGGCAAGCAACACCGAGUGUGACAAACCCAUGGAGGAGUGGACAACAGUAAUGCUUCGUAAUCUGCCCAAUAAUUACGAUCGCGCCAUGAUUCUUGCGCUGCUCGACAAGGAAGGCUUUGAGGGCAAGUACAACUUCCUGUACUUGCCGAUCGACUUUCGGACGCGGGCUUGCAUGGGCUAUGCCUUCGUGAACUUGGUGGAUCCUGUGCAUGUCCCGGACUUCUGGGCCAAAUUCAGUGGCUAUUCCAACUGGGUGGUACGGAGCAAAAAGCUUUGCGGAGUGAGCUGGAGUGAACCACACCAAGGGCUUGAGUCGCAUGUGGAGCGUUACCGCAACAGCCCCAUCAUGCACGAGAGCGUGCCGGAUGAGUACAGACCAAUCGUUCUUCAGAACGGAGUUCGGGUCGCCUUCCCAGAGCCGUCGAAGUCUUCGAGGCCCCCGCGCAGUCGCCACCCCGCCAGCCACUUGGACGGCAAGGGGCACUCGCAGCGCAAGCGACACACAAGUGCGGAUGAUGCUCGAAGAAAGCUUUCCGGACGGGUUCGAGGCAAUCAGUACAACGUCAUUGACGUCGUGUCUUUGACUUCCCUUGUGUUCAACAUCCUGGUUCUGUCCAGCGAGGCCAGUGAGGGAGUCCUGCUGGUGAAGCUUUGUAUUCUGCCACUCAUCAAGUUGAUGAGGCUGUUCCGUCGCUGCGACCAGCUGCGCCUGGUGAUCCUGGCAGUUUCGGAGAUCCGAGAAGUGCUUUACGCUUGGUUUGUGAUUGCUGCUAUCGGAAUAUUGUCCCUGGCUGUUGCCACAUACCUGGCUGAGCCUGCGGUCGUGGAGACCCUUCCGCAGGCCUUGAACAUGAUGUAUCUGACAAUUUCUGCUGUCGGGUCGGACGCUCAGUCGUCGACAUCCACCUCCGGCUCUACAGUGGCGACCAUCGCCAGCACACUUGCGGCUGCUGGCAGCGUGUUGUACAUGGCCAUCCCCGUUGGCUUCGUGGGCCACCGCCUGGCACUUCGAUGGCAGGAUCGCGACUACCUCGUGUUGAGGUGGCGCACUCGGAGGCACCUGUACGAGUGGGGCUUCCAAGAGCUAGAUCUGGAGAAGAUCAUUCGAGACUUCGACUCUGCUGGUUCCGGACAGAUCACUCUGGAAGGCUUCGGGAGGAUGAUCCAGGAGCUGCACCUCCAGAUACCAGCACGCCGGGCGCUUGCCCUGUUCCGUGACAUGGACGUGAACCAGUCGACAAAAUAUGCCGUGCAUGGAGCUGGCCUGUGCGAUCUUGGCCCACAGAGCCGCGCGCAGCCACAUCGGAGCAGCACACUCCCUGGUAGUUUGAACGCCAUGGCGCCGAAAGCAGCGGCCGUGCCCUACACGGGCCAGGAGUUCAAGGAUGCAUCGAAGCCUGUGGAAGUGUCCGGCAUGGCCAAGCUUGGGCUGUUUGCUUUCUUCGUCUUGACCCGUGCAGUGCACCCGACCAUUAUCGACGCCUCAAAGAGCGUGGAUCCGGAGACAGGUAAGAAGUUCUUCGCAUAUGGCAACAUGACCGUGGUGCUCGGCGAGACGGUCGUGACACUCAUAAUCGCCCAGUUGAUGUGCGUGGGCAUUGGCGGCAUGGACGAGUGGAGGCAGAUCUGGAGCCCUCGGCCGAUGAAGAUCUUCUCCUUGAUCGGCUUUAUGUAUGCCUUGGGAGACUACCUCGAGAUGGCAAGCAUGGGAUCCCUCGGUGGCGCGGCCUAUCAGAUUCUGCUGCAGUCCAAGCUCAUUAUCACAGCCCUGAUGAUCUGGGGCAUCAAGGGCACCAAGCAGACUGCGCUUCAGUGGAACAUCCUCGUCCUGGUCAUGUUCUCGAUGUGCGUCUACAUGCUUGGAGGUAAGAGCGACAGCUCCGGUGGAGCCAUCCCGAUCGCGGGAGUGUUGAAUGUUCUUCUCAAGGUGACGGUUUCUUGCCUUUGCGCCGUGCUGUCCGACAAGUACAUGAAGGACUUCAAGAACGAGCCUAUCUACAUGCAGUUGGUGCAGUUCAAGUGCGCUUGGUUUGCGACCAUCCUUGUGAUUUCUUUCCUGGACGGCAAGACUUGGCAGAAUGGUUUCUUCAGCGGUUGGGACCCUACAGUGUGCGGUGUGCUUGCUUCCUUCACCAUCAAGGGUUGGAGCACUUUCUACCUGCUGGCUCUCCUGGACUCCGUCCUCAAGAACAUCGGUGAAGCAUGCGCGGUUUUGGUUAUCUAUGCGGCCCAGGUGGCACUGCCAAUGUUUGACGACCAGUUCGAGAUUCCCACCUUCCUCUCGGUGAUGGUCGUCAUCCUUUCCGUGACAGCAUAUGUGGGUUCCAAAGAUGUGGUUGAGAAGGCCGCGAAAUAUGAUAAGAUGCAGUCUAAGUGA